AUGUCUUUUGGACCUCCAAACAGCGCGCCGCUUCCCUCUUCUUUCGAUGAAAAUGCCGACUUUUACAAUGAAAAUACCAUUGACAAGAUAUGGCGACGCCUUCGCGAAGAGCCCCUCGUUCCCCUCGGCUGCGGCCUCACUGUCUGGGCCAUUGUCGGUGCAACCCGCUCAAUGAGAAAAGGCGACCACAAGAUGACCAACAUGUACUUCCGGCGACGUCUAUAUGCUCAAGCCUUCACAAUCGCCGUACUAGUAGCAGGAAAUAUGUACUGGCAAAAGGAUCGCGUGAAGCGCAAGGAGUAUGAGAAGCAGGUUGCCCAAAAGGAGCGCAUGGACAAGAGGGAUAGGUGGCUGAAGGAGUUGGAGAUGCGAGACGAGGAAGACAAGGCCUGGAAGGAGAGGAUGGCCAAGAAAGCGAGGGGAGCGGCAGAGGAAGCCAAAGGUGUCACUGAUAUGGUCGCGGAGAAGACAAAGGAGUUGAAAGAUCAGACAGUCGGAAAGUAA